AUGACUGCCAAAGAAGGUCCAUCAUUGUGGGGCUUUGGAACAACAAAAACAUUUAAAAUUCCCAUUGAACAUUUGGAUUUCAAGUAUAUUAAAAAAUGUUCAGACGUUAAACACCUGGAAAAAAUUCUCUGUGUGCUCAGAUCUGGUGAGGAAGGAUAUUAUCCAGAACUUACAGAGUUUUGUGAAAAGCGCCUUCAAGGCUUGGCUCCUGCAAGUAGAGCUUUGAGGAAAGAUAAACCGGCAGCUACAGCAUCCAGUUUUACAGCAGAAGAAUGGGAAAAAAUUGAUGGUGAUAUAAAGAGUUGGGUAUCAGAAAUCAAAAAAGAAGAAAAUAAAAUGCACUUUUAUGAAACUGAAACAUUUCCAGCUACGGAAGAUAAUUUGCCUCCAGUUCGUGGUUCACAUGGCUGUCCUCAUGUUGGCAAGGAAAAAUAUUCUAAAAGUAGACCAGCUAAAAAGAAAAUUCCAAGGGAUUAUUCAGAAUGGGAUAAAUUUGACGUGGAAAAGGAAUGUUUAAAAAUAGAUGAAGAUUACAGAGAAAAGACUGUAGUAGACAACAAGUCACAUUUGUCUAAAAUUGAGAAAAGAAUAGACACAACAGGUCUAACUGAGAAGGAAAAGGAUUUUCUUGCUACUCGUGAAAAGGAAAAAGGAAAUGAAGCUUUCAAUUCAGGAGAUUAUGAAGAGGCAGUGAUGUAUUAUACCAGGAGCAUAUCAGCGCUUCCCACUGUAGCUGCCUAUAACAAUCGAGCUCAAGCAGAAAUCAAAUUACAGAACUGGAAUAGUGCUUUUCAGGAUUGUGAAAAGGUCUUGGAGUUAGAACCUGGAAACAUAAAGGCUCUUCUGCGUCGUGCUACUACAUAUAAACAUCAAAACAAGCUACAGGAAGCGAUAGAAGAUUUGAGUAAAGUACUCGAUGUUGAGCCUGAUAAUGAUUUGGCCAAGAAAACCUUGUCAGAGGUUGAAAGAGAUCUGAAAAAUUCUGAACCUGCAUCUAAGACUCAAACCAAAGGGAAAAGGAUGGUUAUUCAGGAAGUAGAAAACUCCGAAGAUGAAGGUGGAAAGGACGAUGGAGGAAACCAUGAAGAUGGCAGUGGAGAUAAUAGGCCAGCUGCACCGCCGGGCUCCGCCCAAGCCGCCGAGCCGCGCGCCAUGGGCAACAUCCAGAAGAAGCUGACGGGCAAAGCCGAGGGCGGCAAGCGGCAGGCCAGGGGCGCGCCGCGGCGGGGCCGGGCGGCGAGCGCCGGCGCGGACAAGCGGGGCCGGCCGCGGGCCUCGGCGACGGCGGGCGGUGGCGCCAACGGGCACCCUGGCAGCGGGCGGGGCGCUGGGAACCCCCCAGUGCCGCCGCCCGGCGCCCCGGCCGGCCCUGCCAGCCUGAAGACCCAGGGCAACGAACUGUUCAAAAGCGGGCAGUUCGCCGAGGCGGCCGGCAAGUACUCGGCGGCGAUAGCGCAGCUGGAGCCCGGAGGAAGUGAAAGUGCAGAUGAUCUAAGUAUCUUAUAUUCAAAUAGAGCAGCAUGUUACCUAAAGGAAGGAAACUGCAGUGGCUGCAUUCAAGAUUGUAACAGAGCUCUGGAACUUCAUCCAUUCUCAAUGAAACCUCUUUUGCGACGAGCAAUGGCCUAUGAGACUUUAGAGCAGUAUGGGAAAGCUUACGUGGAUUAUAAAACAGUGCUGCAGAUAGACCGUGGAGUCCAGCUGGCAAAUGACAGUAUUAACAGAAUAACAAGAAUUUUAAUGGAGCUGGAUGGACCAAAUUGGCGGGAGAAACUGUCACCCAUUCCUGCUGUGCCCACUUCUGCGCCACUGGGAGCUUGGCGUCCUGCAGCAGAGACAACCUCAAACCAAGUAGGAGAUUCCAGCAGCCAUCACCAGCUGGGCAUCACAGAUGAAAAAAUGUUUAAAGCCCUUAAAGAAGAAGGAAAUCAGUAUGUAAAGGACAAAAACUAUAAAGGUGCCCUUAGUAAAUACAGUGAAUGCUUAAAGAUUAACAAGAAGGAAUGUGCUAUAUAUACAAACAGAGCUCUCUGUUACUUGAAGCUGCGCCAGUUCGAAGAGGCAAAGCAGGACUGUGACCAGGCGCUUCAGAUAGAUGAUGGGAACGUGAAAGCAUGGUAUAGACGAGCUCUGGCUCACAAAGGACUCAAGAAUUAUCAGAAAAGCUUAACUGAUCUCAAUAAAGUUCUCCUACUAGACCCAAAUAUUGCUGAGGCAAAGAUGGAACUGGAAGAGAUAACCAGAUUCCUUAAUAUUAAGGAUAAUACAGCAUCAUUCAACAAAGAAAAGGAGAGAAGGAAAAUUGAGAUUCAAGAGGUGAACGAAAACAAUGAAGAGGAGCCUGAAAGACCCUCAGAGGAGGUCUCCGCUGACUGCCUUGCUUCUGAGAAGGGAGACAAAAGCAACUGGCCGCCAGAAUACUCUGAGAAACUUCAGAUCUCCAAGCCUAAUAAUGCCUAUGAAUUUGGUCAGGUUAUAAACGCUAUCAAUACUAGGAAAGAUAAAGAAGCCUGUGCACACCUUUUAGCCAUCACUGCACCAGAAGAUUUGCCAGUGUUGUUGAGUAACAAACUUGAAGGGGAUACAUUCCUCCUCCUCAUUCAGUCUCUGAAAAAUGAUCUUAUUGCUAAAGAUCCUUCAUUGGUGUAUCAGUAUCUUUUAUAUCUGAGUAAAGCAGAAAGGUUUAAGAUGAUGUUGACACUAAUUAGCAAGGGCCAAAAGGAGCAAAUUGAACAGCUAUUUGAUGACCUUUCAGACACACCCAACAACCAUUUUACUUCAGAAGACAUACAGGCCCUAAAAAGGCAGUAUGAGCUUUAAAUCAAGAUUUUUCUUCCAUGCAUGUAUGUGUUCCAGUAAUGCUAAUGAAAUGGUAUUGUAUUAGAGUUGCAUGGAUAAA